AUGAAUCACCCUCAUAAUAAUAGCGAUGAAGAGGACUUUGGUGCCAAUGAUUUCAUCUCGUUUCCAGUGCUUCCUGACCCCGAAAACGAUGGCAAUCGAACACUAACCCAGCUCUUAACUACCACCCUAAGAAAGGUUACUAACAAUGCCUCCAAUUUAGUCCACACUUAUUCAUCACCUAAAUCUCGUACCACGUCCACGUUCCUUCCUGAAGAGCAAGCAACCAUAGAUGAUGUGGAGUCGCUCACUCAAAGCAUACAGACUCACCCAAACCAGACAAUAGGUGUUGGUGGUGGUGACCCCAAAGUGGUGGUACCUCAACAAGAAGGGUAUACUCCGGCUUUGGAUACAGCUUCUGGAUCGUACCCUUCUCAUUCGUCUACGACGAUUCUUGAGAUGUCUGAAUCACCGUCUCUGCGUCAUCCUAUUCGAAUACCUACUCCAUCCAAUGAACAGCAAGAUCAAGCUGAUGCUAAUAUUCAUAAUAGUACUACCAAUACCAAUACCAAUACCAAUAAUAAUAAUAAUAAUAAUCCACGCUCAAUUAUACCGAUUGCUCCUUCAGUUGCCACGGUUUCUGUUUCCACGCCGAUCUUCACCAAUCCUCCUCUUCAACCAGGUCCACCACCACCAUCUUCCCCUUCUCCUCCUCCUCCUCUACAGCAACAGCCUUCUUCUCCUCCCUCACCUCCAGUUGCAUCCACAGUUGCAGGUCCAUCUCAACUGCUACAUCCAGCUGCGAAAGCUAAUACUGCUACUGUUACUGCAUCGGAACAAGUGGGUACUGCUUCCAUUCCCCCGACUUCACUCCAACCAAGAGUCACAUCAGACAACAAAGGUCUUCGAAUAGGUACGCCUUCGUUUUCUCGUCUCCCAGCUACAAGUGUAUCAAGUACCACAAGCAUUCAUGUUUUAUCCAGCAAUGAUCGGUCCUUGAAACCUCCUCCAAUCAGAAGUCCCUUCCCAAAACAGGCCAAUAGCCUCAAAAUCUCCAAGCCAAACAUAAAGAAAGCAUUACAGAAUCGAAUCUCUUCAUUGUUUACUAACCUACCCAAUGAUAUUGAGCUUUCAGAUGAUUCCGCUUCGGAUACAGAGUCCAUUGCCAAUGAUACAGACCAAGAUUACCUAAAUCCUGUGAUUAAUUGCUCAUUCGAUAACAAUAACAAGCAACAACCCACAAUUACCAAUUCCUAUUCAUCUGUUUAUAGUACUACAGCAUCCAGCGAACCUUCAAGAGGAAUCGUGAAUGGAGGAGGAGGUUUAGCAGACUCCGCAGAUCUGUUAUCCCCGUCUUUAUCAAGCUUUUAUGCCCUACGCGAGAAGGAUUUAAGUCGUCAGAAGAAAGGGUUUAGUGCAGGUGGUGUUCCUACUAAUUUUUCUAGUGCUAUUCUUGAUAAUGCAAAGUCCAUCAUUGCCAAUACUAAUCUAGUAUCAUCGGCUUCCUCGGUAAUAACCAAUAAGGUUAUGGAAAAGAAGAAGAAAUCAAUGCCCAAGAAAGCCUCUCAAAACCCAUUAAAAACAGGUGGGAUUCCUAGAAAGUACUGGAUGAAUGAUGCAUUUGUAUCUGAUUGUCUGAACUGUUUUAAACCGUUUUCAGCUUUUAGAAGAAAACAUCAUUGCCGGUUCUGUGGACAGAUCUUUUGCUCUGAAUGUACGCUUUUCAUCUCCUACAAUCAACAUAAAGCACAGAGGAGAGCAAAUAGUAACUCCGAUGAAGUGAAAAAGUUCAAUGAUAAGCUUCGAGUGUGUAAGCCUUGUUACGAUGAUGUUAUUAUAUAUUUGAGUGACGAUUCAUCCUCAAGCUCUGAAGAAGAAGGAGAUUCUAAUGAUGCUUCCAAAGAAGAAGAACAUUCCGUAUUAUCAUCGACACCUAUAGAAGAUAAUAACGUGUUGUUGAGUCCUAAUGGUAUUCAUGUGAGAGCACAAUCUGUUAAUUCUCGAAAUGAAGGUUGGGCUCAAGCCAAUAAAUCCUUCUUAAAUCAUAAGGAUGGUAGUGACUCCAAAAGUAUCCUCACUUCUCCAAGUUUAAGGGACAGGAAAUAUACAACUCCUAAUAAUUUAGAUGGUGGGAGUAGUCUUACGACGUCCUCUAUAAGACAGAAUAAUGUUACUUUAGAGAGACCUAAAGUUCUUCCAAUAAUGACUAUUCCUGCUACCAGAACAGGGCAAGCGGUUGAAAUCCCUGUAAGCCAACCGCAUCUGUUAAGUUUCAGUGGUAUACCUUAUAGCAGGUCUUCCACAUACAUGACAUCUUUAGAGUCUGCACCUCUUCGAGAUUCCUUACCCUCCAAGAGUUGGUUCAGAAGUUAUGCCCUAAACAGGAAUGCUUCAUCGCCGGAUUUAAGUAUUGGGGGUCCCAACAAUGUUGAAGGGAUGUACCAUCAUCAUCAUCCUCAUCAUCCUCAUCAUAACUUCCGAGCACCUAACACCUCGAAGUACAAAGUCUGUUCUGGUUCUGAACGAGAUCUUAUCAGCAAGAAACAAGCCUUCAAUUUAGAUAAUGAAGAUGUGAGUGAUUCUUCCUCGUGCAAAGAUGAUGAUUAUGAAGAUGACGAUGGUAGGGGAACUGAAAGUGAAAAUGAAGACGAACAGGCAAUGUCAAUGUACACUUCAUUGAACCACAUUGCUCCUAACAAUAAUGAUCCUAUCUGUGCGGUGAUGUCCAAUUCUACUACCGUUGUACCGACUUUGGGAGAGUUCCCCACAAUGAUUGUUAAUGACAAGCUCUUUGGAAGACGAUUUGCAAAAAUAGUCACCCCAAACUUUGGUGCCAAUGAUGAAGAUAAGGGUCAUACAAAGGGACCCCACAAUGUGGCUUUCCUCGAAGAUAGACAACCAAAGACUGGCGAAGCGUUACGGUCCCAUGAAAGGGCCCAUAAGUCAUUACUAAGAAUGAGAUCACGAAGAAAGAGCAAAUCUAUUCGGAACACUCUGAUAUUGUCUCCAAAUAUCUAUAAGGCUCCAGUGGAUACUCUGCCGGAUCACAACUUGAGCCGUAAUCGAAUGUCAUUGGUCUUGACAACUUCAUCACCAACAUCUUCCAUUCCGGCAUCUCCCAGAUCGAUCUCUAAUGUCAACGUUGGUGGUGAAGUUAACUUAUCCAAAGUCUUAUCUGAAGAUGCAUUUUCUGCACCAGAAUCAUCCCCGAUUACCGAUCACCAGCCAUACCAUGAUUUUUAUGAUCGUACGUCAUCUUCGUUACAAAUUGCAACCGGUAACGAUUAUUCUGUCAUUGAAUCCCCCCGACAUCCCGCGGUCUCUCGUUAUAACAGCAAUAAUAAUAACAUAGCUCGGUUGAAGCUGAACUCCAGUGAUAAUUCCUUCAGUGACACCGAUGGUCAAGAUGUACUGCUUAAUAUUUCAUUCGAAGGUAUCACUAUGAUGAACACGAGCAUGAGGGAAACCCUCAAGUCGAAGAGCAUAUUAUACAAGGAAUAUUUGGAUUCUAUACUUUUACAAUGCUUUGAUGACUGUGAUAUUAAAGACGAUAUUGAACAGUGGAAAACUACUUUAAAUAAAGUCUUGGGAGCUAUUGAGAACUUGAAAUUAACAGAUACUCUUGAUUUCAAACAGUACGUUAAGGUUAAGAAGAUCUUGGGUGGGUCCAUCGAACAAACUUCAGUUAUAGAUGGGUUAUUCAUGACCAAAGAUAUUGAUUCCCGUGGUAUGGCUUCUAAGAUUAGUAACCCCAAGAUUGCCUUAGUCAUGUUCCCCAUAGAGUACUUGAAACAAAAGGAGCUGUUUAUUAGUUUGCGUAUUAUCAAGGCCCAACAACAAGUUUACAUCACCAAUUUGGUUUCUCGGUUGGUUUCAUUGGAACCAGAUAUCAUUAUGGUUGGAGAUCUGGUUUGUGGAUACGCCUUAAAGUUAUUGGAAGAGGCUAAUAUAACGGUGAUUUCCAAUACCAAACCUCAAGUUAUUGAACGGAUGUCUCGUUACACCAAGGCCGAUAUUUUCCAAACUGUCAAUGAUCUUUUUUUCAAGAAGGGUUCAUUGGGAACUUGUAAGCAAUUUGAGAUCAAAAAAUACAACUAUCAAGGUUUGGUGAAGACUUUAUCUUUCUUUACUGGAAACGAUAUGUCCACUGGGUUCACCAUUGCUCUUAGAGGGGGGGAUGAAGAUUUACUUGCCAGUAUCAAAUAUGCGGUUGAAACGGUUAUGAUGGGAGAAUUGAACAGUAAGCUUGAAAGGAAAUGGCUUGAUGAUCAACAAAUGAUGAUUUAUAAUGAUGAACAACAAGAUGGCACUGUUGUUGAAGUCACUCACAGAAUUAAAGAAAUAAUUGAGGAGAUAGAAUUGGAGACUCAAGUGGGUCUUAAUGUCUGUGAUAUUUCACCUGAAUCUCACCAAUUAAAGAAUUACAUUGAAUUAUUUAAUCGGAGGAAAGUGAGUGUUUCUCCAGUGGUUAAAUUCACAUUACCCCCAGUCUUAAUUCAUAUUUAUCAUGCCUUUGUUUGCUAUUAUGAAUACUUCAAAACCAAUCGAGAAAUUCAAAAGUUGACGGACGCUUCACAGAUUGAAUCUCAUUGGCUUCAGCAGUUGAACCUAACAUUUGUUGGUGGAAGUAAUGUCCCCAAUAGAGAUAGUGAAAUGUUGGAGAUCCUAAAGUUUGCAUCUCAACGUCAUUUAUAUGAUUUGAAAGAUGAUUAUAAUGUCCGAGCUCGGAAUUGGACCAACUGUAUGAACUCAACAUCAUAUCAACUUUAUCCUGUGUUCCACAAGAACAUUUAUGUUUUACAUUCAACCAUUUCCCUUAAAUACUCCACUCCCUGUGACGGACCCAACUUGGUGGUGGUUGAUUAUUACAGUGACAACGAUAAAUGUUUUGGAUUAUUCUUGGACCAAGUGUUUCAUGAUGCUAAAAAUAUCUGUGAUGAAUGUGGAGAAUUGUUGCUUAAUCAUUGUAAAUCAUAUUGUCAUGGCAAUGGCAAGCUUGAUUUCCUUAUAGAGAUGCAAUCUCAAGCUUCAUCCUCCGCAGCUUCUUCAUCUUCCGGAAUCCCCGGUGGGAUCAAUGGGAUCCCCAAUAAUCGAAGAGUAAUGUGGAGUUUCUGUUCUGAAUGUAAUUGUACAACACCAUUGACAUUCAUGAGUAACGAAACGUAUUAUUUGUCGAUAGGGAAGUUUUUUGAGCUCAAUUUCUGGGGUCAUAACGUGGUUAAUUCAGAUUAUUAUUAUCACCAUAAUAACACCAAUGGAUGUGGACAUGAUUUCUUCAAAAAAUAUAUUAAAUGCUUUGCUAUGAAUGAUAUGAUAAUUAAAAUGCAGUAUUCACAUUUGGAUACUUAUGAAAUCGUUGUUCCCAAGAAACAAGUUGCCUUAAAAUGUGAAAUAGACAUUAGAUUACGUCAUGAAUCGUAUGCUUUAAUCCGAAAGAAGGCGGAGGCAUUUUUCCGAAGUAUAUUGAAUCGAUUAGAAGCCAUUAAACUGAAUGAAGCCAUUGAUAAUUUGGACAAGGCCUUAUUACGAGCUACUACUCUAAUUGGAUUAGCAAAUUCCCAAGCUCAACAAGUAUAUGACCAAUUAAUGAACAUUUAUAUCAACAGUGGCCAUACAAACUAUAUGUCACUCAAUGUUGUACUUCGGAAGCUUCAAGAAUUGGGAUUUGAAUGGAACAAUACCUUCAAUGAGUUUGAAAAGGAGUUUAUUCCUACAGAAAAUGAUUUGGCUAGAUUCACCCAGUUCCAUAUAAAGAACUUCUUGAUGGACAAAUAUAAUAGCAUUGAUGACGAACAGAUAGUUAAGAAGGUGGAAGAUGAUCACCAUCCAGUUGAACAGAAACCUAAGGAAAUUGUAGAUGAUGGUGAUGAUGAAGGUGGUCCAUCAUCAUUUGAUGAUAGCCAUUCUUCCCUUACUCCAACCACACCAAGAGGUCAACAGAGCAGUAAUUCCAUUAAUCCAAUAUCUGCACCUACGCCCAGAACCAAGUCUCUUCUGAAGGCAAUGGGCGAACGGAUCAAUCAUAUGGAACAAUUGUUGAAAGAAGGUAGUGGUGAUAGUUCUCCUUUGCUUGUGCUGACCCCCAAUCGUCGAGAAGGUGGAGGAGAUGGGUCUUCUCUGGUUACUCAAAACAGAGUGUAUGAACUUGCCAGUUAUUUUGACCAGAUGAACUUUGACCAGAUCUCUCAGGAAUUGAAGAAGUUGGAGAAACUGAACUUCAAGCCAAUUCCCGUGGGAGAGUCAAAGCCCAUAGUGGAGAUCUAUAAUAAGAUUGAAGAUGCCGUGAAUGUUGAUAAGAUGGAAGGUAACAAUGAGAUAUCAAGACCAAGAGUCAGUUCCCAUAAUAAGACCAUGACUAAAAAAAUGCCAUCACCAUUUAACCAUGUACAAUCCAGAAACCCCAACCUAAUUCACAAUCGCCAGCCUAUAUCACCAAUUCCGGAAGGUAAUAGUUCAAAGGCCAUAUCACCCAACAAUAUAAACGUCAAGAGCGAGAUUCAUGGCCCACAACCACCACAAGAAAAUACCGUUUCUGUUCCCAAUCCUCCUGCUUCACAGCCUCAAGAGAAACAGAGUAUUUUGAAGCUGUUGACGAAGUUUUGGGUUGAGCGAGCGUCCACCAUGUGGGGAGAUCAACAAUUGGAGUUUGUGUUGGACUCGACAGAACAUACCUUUGCUGAUAGCGAAGUUAUAGUUCGAGAAGAUGAGCCCAGUUCACUCAUUGCUCUUUGUUUGUCCAGUAGUGACUAUCGACAUAAAAUGAAUCAGAUGCAGCAGACUGUUGAGGGCCAUGAACCAGAACACGGAACAAGCAACGUCUCUGCAAAUACCAAUAAUAAUAAUAAUAAUAAUCAUAAUAAUAGCAAUAAUAAUGACACAAGUGACAAUAAUGCUUUGGGUGGAUCCAAUGUGCCAGACAAAAAGGCUGUUAAUUUUGCCAAAAUAGAAAAGAAGUUCAAAAGACGGAACCAAUUGAAUGGAGUAGGAGAAGAAUUGGAGAUGGUACUAAAUACCCAGCAACUGAACCAUUUGAAGUAUCAGUUUGUUGAUGGCCGGACGCAUUUCAGUUGUAAAGUGUUCUAUUCCGAGCAUUUUGAAGCCUUGAGAUGGGCCUGCGGGAACCAUGAACUGUUUAUUCAGAGCUUAAGUCGUUGUGUUAAAUGGAAGUCCAAUGGAGGUAAAAGUGGAUCUAAUUUCUUAAAGACGCUAGACGAUCGGUAUAUAAUUAAGGAAUUGAGUAAGUCUGAGUUGGAUCUGUUUGUGAUGAUUGCUCCUUAUUAUUUCAAGUAUAUUUCCCAGCUGACUUACAAUACGUUGACCACAGCCAUUGCCAAAAUCUUUGGGUUUUACCAAGUGGAAAUAAGAAACAAUGACACCAACAAAGUCUUGUUUAAGAUGGACUUUUUGAUUAUGGAGAACUUGUUCUAUGAUCACAAGUUGACACGGAUUUUCGACUUGAAGGGGUCCAUGAGAAACCGUCAUGUUAAGCAGACUGGUAGAGAGAAUGAAGUCUUGCUUGAUGAGAACAUGAUAGAGUACAUUUAUGAGUCGCCAGUUUGUGUUAAGGAACUGCUGAAAAGAUUAAUGAGAGGUGCCUUGUUCAAUGAUACCAGUUUCCUUAGUGCUAUGGAUGUUAUGGACUACUCGUUGGUGGUGGGGAUUGAUGAUACUUCCAAUAAAUUGUACAUUGGAAUCAUUGAUUGGUUGAGAACAUUUACAUGGGAUAAAAAGGUGGAAAAUUGGGUCAAGGGCAAUAAUUUGAUGGGGAAUAAGAAGAAGGGCAAAGAUCCUACAAUUGUGACUCCAAAGCAAUAUCGUAAUAGAUUUAGAGAAGCAAUGGAACGGUAUAUAUUGGAGAUACCUGAUCCAUGCAUAUUGGGCCGUCAAUCCAUCACUGUUAUCUUGAUCUUGGUAUCAUUGGUGUUCCUCAUAUUGAUAACUAUCCUGACACCGCUUGUCAGGUCGCUUCAUUUGGCAACAACUUCCGAGUCCACGUAUGGAUUGUUUGGUUACUGUAAAGGCAAUUCAUGUCUAAAGUCAACUUUCCCCUAUACAAUCCCUUCGUCUGAACCUUUUAAAUCAGAUGCUAGUGUUAGAAACACUAUGGUCAAAUUGUUUAUCAUGGCUCCAAUCUCGGCUUUCCUCGCGUUGUUACUGUUGAUCUGUGCUGCUAUUGGUGCGUUCCUCCCCAACUUGACGGUGAUCCUACCCUUGAUACUUGUGGUGUUACUGUUCUUAACUUCAGUGGUGGCCACUGUGGGUAUAAUACUUGCGUUUUACCCUAAAGUGGAUUGGCUUGGUUGGUUAAGUGUGGCUGCUUCCGGCUCUCUUUUGUUGGCCCUUGUAUUUUUGGUACUUGCCUCAUUGAAUUCUCAACAUGACCAUGACGGUAAUGACGACACCAAUAGUCUUGAUGAUUUUGAUUUCAAUAAUGAUUUGGAUAUUGGCAAGUCAAGAUCAAAUCUUGGAUUCCAGCCUCCUCCAUCUUCAACUUUCAUGGCGGCUUCUAAAGGUGGUUAUACCAUGACUACGGCUUCUGCUUCUGCUCAAUCUAAUGAUAACUCAAAUUCUUCCAUCAACAGAACUUAUAACGAUAAACAACCUCCAAUGGUCAACACAACUUCAAAUACGGUAUACUCUUCAUUAUACAAUGAAAAGCCUCAAACCCAAACAGAUAUCACCAACCAUCAUCAACUUCCUUAUCCUGCUACUGGAAAUGCUAUUCCUGAUAAUCAUAAUGACAAAAUGCUUCUUGAUGUCGAUGUUGAUGGUUACAAUUUCAAUGAUAAAGGAUACGAUGUUGAUGUUGAUGAUGAUGAUCUUGAUUUCAGCAAUAUCCAAAGACAGAAUCAACUUCAUGAUUCAGAUUUAGAUCUGGAUUUCACUUCUGUACUGCAAAGACCUCCAAAUCCAAAUUAUCCAAAUACUGCCAAUUAUCAACCUUCUUAUGGUUUCCAACCUCAACACCAACAACAACUUCCACAACAACAACUUCCACAACAGCAAUUCCAACAACAAGUACCUUCAAUUCAACAACCUCAAUAUUAUAGUAAUUCCCAGCCAGUGGCUCAUAAUAUUGUUAACUCCCCAUCCUACGCAGCAACCUCCCAACAAUACUCCAACUAUUACUCAAAUAACUACGUUAGAAACCAACCUCAGGGUCCCACUAUCUCCGAUACAGUUCUUAGUGCCAAUCCCGACUUCCAACUAGCAGGUGCUUCAGCUCAUAAACGUAGGAAUAAUGGAUUUGUUCCUCCAUCUCAAAGAUACAAUAAGCCCGGGAUGUCUCGUUAA